GUUGGCUGGGUAAUUGAGGAAGUUCGAUUCUGAAAUGAACGAGAUGCUUUUGAACGCAACAUUGACCUUUUUAAUUAACGAAGAAGAAGAAGAAUGCAACAGCUGAUUGGUUGACUAGUUGUUGUUGUGGUUAAUGGAAAAGCGUCGACAGCGAGCAGGUUUACUGUUUUUACUUGUAUAACUUGCAUGACUUCAACAUGGUUGUGGACGACGUUCAGUUCCUGAACAUCCUGAAGGGGAAACGCAUCAAACUGACCCUCAAGUCUUCAUCCUACCUCGGAGUCGUUCAACGCAUCAACCCCAACAAAACAUUGAUUUUGGCGGACGUUGUCAGUGGCAGUAAUGGCUGUAAGUUUCCUGGCUCAAAGAUGUUCUUCGGCCAUGAGAUUCUGAAUGUGGAAUUUACCAGUGAAGCAAACACUGGCAGUGGAAAUAUUCACGACCACAGACUUGAAGAGCAUUUGAAUGUGGAAAAGUUUCAGCCAUACAGGAAGACAAUCGCAUUGGGAUCCUUUUCCACAGAUGAAGAUGAGGAGGACUAUAUAGACUUUGUAGUCAUUGAUGCGUUUCAUGAGAAGUUUGGGUCUGCUGUGAUGCACAUCAAGAAGCAGCAUGUGAUAGGUGUGGGAGCUGAUGGAGUCGAGGUAUUUAAGAAUGGGAGACUGUGUUGGCUGCAGAUUGCCACUAAAAACAAAGUAUAUUUGUUUGACAUCCUGCUACUUGGAGCUCGGGCCUUUAAGAACGGUCUUUCCAUGAUCCUGGAAAAUAAGCACAUUCUGAAGGUCAUUCAUGACUGCAGAGCCAUUGCUGGAUGUCUGAUUGCUCAGUUUGGAGUAGGGCUAACCAACGUCUUCGAUACGCAGGUGGCAGAUCUCAUGUGCUUCUACUCCGAGACAGGAGGUCUCCUUCCCGACAGAAUCAGCACUCUGCAGGAGGUGGUGAGUCUCCAUCUGAAGGUGCCCUCCUCCCAACUCUUAUCCCUUCAGGUGAAGUCACAGCUCACCAAGGAAGAAAGGGAGAUGUGGUUCACGCGGCCCUGUCCUGUACCGCUGCUCAAGGUGAUGGCUCUGUCAGUGAUCCACCUUCAGCCUCUCAGACUGGUGCUGCUGGAUACUCUCAUGACAGACUACAUGGCCCUGGUGGAUUCAUACCUCAACAGCAGGCACUAUGAACUUGAUGAACUGGAGCAUGUCAGCAUGGAGGGUGUGUUGGAGUUGCCCAAAGAGCUCAGGCAGCUGGAGCAAAUGCGUCGCGAGCGGCAGGAGUGGGCUACCAACCACUACCCUGUCACAGAGGAAGGUCUGCUGGCUCGCUUCAACCCCCGUACUCGGUCUCCAUCCCAGACCAAACCUGCAGCAGAGGAGCGCGGCCAGACGCAGGCAGAUUCCUUUGAACCCGCAACUGUGGAAUCACCUUCACAAGUGGACCCUCUCCUUCACGAGCCACCCACGAGCCCUCCAAGAGUCGACGAUGUUGUGACUGUGGAUGUCCUAGCCUCCCCUGACCCAGCAGCUCAGGCUCCAAUCCCAGCCUCUGCAUCAGACCUCAGGAAACAAAUGUCUGCCAACAGUCCCCUGUCAGGUGUAGGCAGAGGGCGCACAGAGGUACUGAUGGACACAAUGGGUAGAGGGAGGCCCUUUGGGAAAGAGCAGUCAUCCAUCACGACCUUACCUGCCAUAGGAAGAGGCUUCCUCCUCCAAGUGACACAAGAUCAGAUCCCCAGAGAGAACCCCAACCAUACACUUGCCCAAGAAGUGAUGCCCCAGCCUGGCCCCGGUGCUAAUGACCCGACAAAGGACACUUUUGGCACGACAGGAGAACAUUUUUCUUUGACACCCGAGUCCAUCUCAUCUUCACUCAUGCAGUCAUUCAGGUCUUUCAGACGUUAAAGGAAGUGUUUUGCACGUAUUCCAGAUGGUUGCUGUUCCAUUGUUUGUGAUUUCCUAAAGUGACCAGUAGAUGGCAGUAAAUAUUCUGUUUUGUGCAGAGGUUUGUUUGAUACCAGGUGUUUGUGAAAAGAGAAAGAUUUAGUUGUUUGGAUGUUGCAUACCAGUUCACUCAAAUAUAUUUUGUAUUGUUUGUGACAAAA